UGUCACAUGAAACGGCCAUUGCGCCAGCGUCUUUCGUUCGUUGUACCGGGUGGUGUUUCUAUGUCUAUAAUUUUAUUGUAAAAGUGUGCUUAAAAACUUGUGAACAUGGACGAAGAUGUAAGAAAACUUUUAAUCACAUGGAACCUCGAGGAAUACAUGGAAAUUUUCGAAAAAAACAAAAUAUCUGUAGAUUGCCUCAAUUUACUAGAUGACAGCAUGAUACGGGAAUUGUUUCCUACUAUUGGUGACAGAGCCAUAUUUCAAAAAAAUUUUCAAAAUUGGAAAUCUAUUGCUCUUGGACAGUUUUCAGUAAUGAACAUGGAUGUUGAUAUACUCCAAGAAAAGCAUAGGAAUCCGUUAACUGAAAUGACAAACAUAGAAUUAUUUCAAACAUUGAUGAAUACAGAAGAUGCACCUGAAAAUGCGAACAGUGAUACCCCAAAUCCAGUCUCUCCUUUGAAAGUUAUGGAAAAUAAACAAGAAGGGAUACAACAAAGUAAAGAUAAUAAACUUCUGGAUUUACUGCAGUCAAGCGCAGAGGGCAAAAUUAUACUUUCCCUGCACAAGGACGACGGUUUGUUGAGCAGCAGCUCUAGGAGAAGGAUAUGUAACAUAAUAAUUAAACAUUUACUUGGGGAUGACCCCUCAAAAACCAAUAUUCCAAGUUCUGUUCUGUUUGAUAUGGCCAGUCAAAUCAAAGAAGUUUUUAAUAAAGAGAACAUAAGCACAUACUUCAUUCCGUACAUCAACAACAAGAAAUUGAAAAUCAGAAGAUGUGCUAAGGGAAAGCUAUAUGAUUGUUUGCAAAAUAGAAAAAGGGAGUAUCGUAUUGCCGCGAGAAAAAUGUCACAUACAAGUACUCCAGGAUCUUCUACCACUGAAACUAAUGAAGAGACUGAACCAGAGGACGUUUCGGACGAUGUGGCUUGGAUUAAAGCGUCAACUGAGCCGUGGAAACUACUCGAACAAAAUGGAAAACUACUACAAAACAUAGACUUGAAGAAACAAAAAACAUGACUGUAACAGAAUAUAUGGCACAAUAUCCAGGUUUAAAGAAACCCACAGGAUUUCACUUGCUGACUAUAGACUUCGAUACUAUGUACCCUGGGACCUCAGACAAUCUAUACAAGUACUUCA